ACUAGCAAAAGAACAGCAAUCAGCGAUAUACUCCUCUAGCAUAUCUUAAACUUUGCAGGCGAAACCGUAAAGGAUACUCACGAUUUGGAUUAAGCGUGGCCCAUCCGUUAGAACGCUGACUGCCGUGUCGUGGUUUGAGAAGCAGUUGUUCAAGAAAGUAAAGACCACCACAUUAGUAAUGGCGAAUUCUAGUGCUGUUUGUAUUCUUCUGUUCUGCCUGUGCCUCAGAGUGAGUGCCGCGUUGCCGGCCUUCGACGAUGAUCGGGAUUUUGAAAGAGAACUCUACUAUCGCCAGUUUCCGGAGUGGCCACUCAGUUCGCCGUCGGACUUGUUGAGCGAACCGGCCAUCCUACCCCUGCUGGGCGCUGCCUUUGAGUACCGGCAACCGAUCCAUGCGGGGGCCAGUGCACCCCACGUGAAGCGAAAUUCUGAGCUCAUUAACUCUCUACUUAGUCUUCCGAAGUCGAUGAACGAUGCUGGCAAGUAACACGGCACCCAUUCUUCGCGCUGUACUUCGCGUUAGUAGAUAGCAGGAUAUGUAGCAUAUAGAAAAGCGAUUCUCAUGGUUCUAUGGUGCUUGCUGGAAAUCCGAUGAAGGGGACAUUACAUUCUGAAAUAGGUUGCAUUAUGGUUUCGUUCCACGCCGCGUCAUAAACAGUUUUCCUCACAUUCUUCGAUGCCCACUAGUGCGUUAGAGUAGAAUAUUAGCUAAAGCAAAACUAAAACAAGGAAUUCGUAUUGAUGUUAUCGGUGAACUGAACUUACAAAUAUAAUCCUUCGGGCUGCAGAACUAUUCACGUGCCACCAACAUAUACCACUAGCAGGACAUGGUGGUGGGCAACAUUGGUUGAUGAUGUAGGACGACCGCGGUCAGCAUCAGACCCUGUAUGUAACAGAUGCUGAGGUGCGGUUAAACGCGUUUAAUAAAAACUGUUUAGUUGAAUAACAUGCUUGAUGUGCAUUCUUUCAGAACAAAUGAAGAAUAACU